AUGCGGGUUCUUGUGAGGAACGGGGCCUUGACUCAUAUCUUUUCCCCCAGAACAUUCUAUCCUCGCUUUGUUCACUCCUUGUCACCCAACCCUUUCACCUUUAGGAUGGCAUCUAACAGUUCAGACUGGACCGCUCCGCGAGUUCGCGAGACAUUUUUGGAUUAUUUCAAGAAAAAUGGCCAUACCUUCGUACCUUCUUCCCCGGUCGCCCCCUUGUCGGAUCCGACUCUCCUUUUCACCAAUGCAGGAAUGAACCAGUUUAAGUCGAUUUUCCUCGGCACUGUUGACCGCACAUCGGACUUUGGAAAGUUGAAGCGUGCGACGAACUCGCAAAAAUGUCUACGUGCCGGUGGAAAACAUAACGAUCUGGAUGAUGUGGGCAAGGACAGCUACCACCACACUUUCUUUGAAAUGCUCGGCAACUGGAGUUUUGGCGAUUACUUCAAAAAGGAAGCUAUCACAUACUCGUGGAACCUUUUGACAGAGGUUUACGGCCUUGACCCUGACCGGCUCUAUGUCACUUACUUUGAGGGAAGUGAGACCGGCGGUUUGGAGCCGGAUCUGGAGGCCAAGGAACUGUGGAAAUCCGUGGGUGUUCCCGAAGAUCACAUUCUUCCUGGAGACAUGAAGGACAACUUCUGGGAAAUGGGUGACCAAGGCCCCUGUGGCCCUUGCAGUGAAGUGCACUACGACCGGAUCGGUGGACGUAACGCUGCUCAUCUUGUCAACGAGGACGACCCCAAUGUGUUGGAAAUCUGGAACAACGUGUUCAUUCAAUAUAACCGCGAGGCAGAUGGCUCCCUGCGAUCUCUCCCCAACAAACACGUUGAUACCGGAUUAGGUUUUGAAAGAUUGGUCUCCAUUCUCCAAGACAAAUCUUCCAAUUACGACACCGACGUCUUUACGCCAAUCUUCCAGGCUAUCCAGGAUACCACCGGUGCUCGGGAAUACCGCGGCCACUUUGGUGCCGAUGAUGUCGAUGGAAUUGACACAGCCUACCGUGUUGUUGCAGAUCACGUGCGUACUCUGAUGUUCGCUAUCUCAGACGGUGUCGUCCCCAAUAACGAGGGCCGUGGGUACGUCAUUCGUCGUGUGCUACGUCGCGGAGCCCGGUAUGCCCGCAAGUAUUUCCAGGUUGAUAUCGGAAACUUCUUCGCCAAACUCGUGCCCACCGUUGUGGACCAAUUAGGUGAAAUGUUCCCUGAGCUCAAGCGCAAGCAGCAAGAUGUCAUCGAGAUCCUAGACGAGGAAGAGCUGUCAUUCGCCAAGACUUUGGAUAGAGGUGAGCGACAGUUCGAGCAGUACGCCCAACAGGCUAAGGUUAAGGGCACCGAUAAGCUCCACGGAGCUGAUGUCUGGAGACUCUACGAUACUUUCGGAUUCCCCGUCGAUCUGACCCGAAUCAUGGCCGAGGAGCGCAACCUCCGCAUCGACGAUGUUGAGUUCGAAGAAGCCCGCCUCAAGGCAAAGGAAGCCAGUAAGGGUCAAAAGAAGGCCGCUGAAACCACUGUCAAACUCGAUGUCCACGACCUAGGAAAGCUCGAGGAGAUGACCUCCGUUUCCAAGACCGAUGACUCUGCCAAGUUUGGCCGGGGCAACAUCACUUCUCAUGUCAAGGCCAUCUACCAUGGCAAACAAUUCUACGACAACACCGACAGCAUCCCCGAGGGAGCACAGAUCGGUGUCAUUCUCGAUUGCACCAACUUCUACGCAGAACAGGGUGGCCAAGAAAACGACACCGGUAAAAUCAUCAUCGAUGGACAAGCGGAGCUUGAGGUUCGCGACGUCCAGGCCUAUGCUGGAUACGUUCUGCACACCGGUUUCAUGAAGUAUGGAUCAUUCGCAGUCGGUAAUUCCGUCAUUUGUGAAUACGAUGAGCUCCGACGCUGGCCUAUUCGGAACAACCACACCGGAACCCACAUUCUGAACUUCGCCCUUAAGGCAAUCCUAGGUGAUGGAGUGGACCAAAAGGGCUCCCUGGUGGCUGCCGAAAAGCUUCGCUUUGAUUUCUCACACAAGAGCGCAAUCUCCGAUGCCGAGCUCGAGAAGAUCGAAGCCAAGGCCACCGAAUAUAUCCGCCAGAACUGCGCGGUAUACUCCCAGGAAGUUCCUCUUGCGACGGCUCAGCAGAUUUCUGGUGUCAGAGCCGUUUUCGGCGAGACCUAUCCCGACCCCGUUCGCGUUGUCUCCGUUGGUGUGGAACUGGACGAGAUUUUGCAGAAUGUCAAGGAUCCCCGCUGGCAAGAAGUCAGCAUUGAGUUCUGCGGUGGAACCCACGUUCAGAAGACCGGCGAUAUCAAGGAUUUGAUCAUCCUGGAGGAGAACGGUAUCGCCAAGGGCAUCCGCCGAAUCAUUGCCGUGACUGGGGAAGAAGCCCAUGAGGUGCAGCGAGUCGCUCGUGAAUUUAGCCAGCGUCUUGAUAGCUUGAACAAAUUGCCUUUGGGCCCCGAGAAGGAACACGAGGCCAAGCAGGUCCAGGUGGAUCUCAACCAGCUGGCGAUCUCCGCUGUCGAAAAAGCCAGGUUCCGCGAACGUUUUGCCAAGAUCAACAAGCAGGUUCUUGAUGGCCAAAAGGCUCAACAGAAGCUCGAAUCCAAGAAGGCCGUUGAUGCCGUCACUUCCUACUUCGAGUCACCGGAGAACAAGGACAAGUCGUGGCUUGUGGUGCAACUCCCCAUUUCAGCUAACUCCAAGGCUGUCAGUGAGUCCCUUAACCAUGUCAAGUCAAAAUUGCAAGGGAAGAGUGUCUAUCUUUUGGCAGCGGACGCUGAGCAGGGUCGCGUUUCACACGGUUGUUACAUCGCUCAGGGACUGAGUGACCAAGGUGCUUCGGCCAGUGACUGGGCAGCUGUCGUCUCUGGUGCCGUGGGUGGAAAGGCAGGAGGAAAGGGACUUACCUCCAUUGGAAACGGUACUAAUGCCGACAAGGUUGAGGAGGCCAUCACGUUGGCUACGGACUAUUUGAGCAAGUUCAAGCUCUAG